GUUCAACACUCUUGUCCCGGUUUUCGAUCAGAAUGGAAUUUUGAAUCGGAAAGUUCUUCAGGAGCUGGAUCCGAUGGAUGCAGGCGAGGCGCAGGAGACGUCGGCGCAGAGCACAUACACGUUUAACGCUCCGCUCGUCGACUCUGGCAGUUCCAGCGACGGGGACAGCGCGCUUGGCUCUGGCGCCUCUAUAAGCGCCAGUACAGCAGUGUCUUCACGCAUCUACGAAUUCAGACUCGAGCAUGGGCGCCGUUACCACGCCUUGCAUUCAGACGCGGAGUACAAUCUGCCCAACGACGAAGAGGAAAUGGACAGGCUCGAUUUGCAGCACCACCUGUUCCGGCUAACUCUCGACGGGGCGCUUUACAAAGCGCCCUUGCCCCCAGACGUACACCACGUCCUCGACGUCGGUACAGGAUCCGGUAUCUGGGCUCUUGACUUCGCCGAGGAGCACCCCAGUGCCGCCGUGAUCGGCACCGAUUUGAGCCCUGUACAGCUCCCACACGCGCCGCCUAACCUGCGCUUCUAUGUCGAGAAUGUAGAACAGGACUGGAACUUCGACCACGACUUUGACAUGAUCCACGCCCGAAUGUUAGUGGUUGCCCUUAAGGACUGGCCCAACUUCUUUCGACAGGCGUUUGCUCAUCUCAAACCUGGCGGCUGGCUGGAGAUGCAAGAUCUAUUAUCGCCAAUGCCACGAUGUGACGACAAUAGCGCACCGCCUGACUCACCUCUCAUGGUGUGGGCACAACUGAUGCGCAUGGCGUCACAGCGCACCGGCAUCGAUCUCGAGGCUGCAAAUCGUUUCCCACAGCUCAUGCGCGCGGCGGGCUUUGUCGAUGUACAGGUGCAAACAGAGAUCUGGCCGCUCAACCGCUGGCCCAUGGACGAAAAGAUGAAGGAACGCGGGAAGUGGGCCAGCGAGAAUCUUACCAUGGGUGUUGAAGGCAUCUCAAUGGGCUUCUUCACCAAGGUGCUUGGCUGGUCUGAGGCUGAUGUCAAGGAACUUGUUGAUCAAGUGCAGGCUCAAAUAAGGGAUAGAAGUAACCAUACAUAUAUGCCCGUGGUUUUCGUGUGGGCAAGAAAGCCUGAGUAGAUUCAUGGGGCUUUUAGGCAUAACAUUCUUGCUCAGCUCCACGUCUGUUUUGAAGCAGAGAUGGUGAUGGUCGAGCUUGCUUGCAAAAGCUUGACAGGAAGAUUUGGAGGCUUCAAGCCAUCUUGUACGGCCGCAUGGCCCCUCAGCAGAUUUGCGGCCGGUUUAGGAAAUACAGCUCCUCAUCAGAAUCAGCGGCAGUCCCCACAUUUCACAUAUGAAUACUCGUCUGUCGAGUCGACAAAUGGGAUUUCGGGCCAGAGAUGGAGAAAUGGUCGUGAGUAAGGAGAGGCGCUGCGAAGUUAGUCUUUGAAACGACGUCAUACAGGCUGAGUCCUUCUACCGUGUCUUUAGGCUCUCAAAGUUACCCGCGGGAUUCUGGCCAUCAAUAACAUGG